AUCGAGCAUUGGCGAAGCUCAUCCUCAGAAUACAUCCUAGAAUAUAUCAAAACCCUCCAAAAAAGACUUUGUACGGAAUGUCGCAGUUGUUGGAGAAGGCGAAGGACUUCGUGGUGGAUAAGGUGGCCAACAUAAAGAAGCCGGAGGCUAGUGUCUCGGACGUUGAUCUGAAACAUGUGAGCCGUGAGUGCGUCGAGUAUGGUGCUAAGGUCUCUGUCUCCAACCCCUACAGCCAUUCCAUCCCCAUUUGUGAGAUCUCUUACAAUUUCAAAAGUGCUGGAAGAGGGAUAGCAUCAGGGACAAUACCAGACCCGGGGUCAUUGAAAGCCGGCGACACAACGAUGCUGGACGUGCCAGUGAAGGUGCCGUAUAACAUCUUAGUAAGCUUGGCAAAGGAUAUUGGUGCAGAUUGGGACAUUGACUAUGAAUUGGAAUUGGGUCUCACCAUUGAUCUUCCUAUCGUUGGGAACUUCACUAUCCCUCUCUCUCAGAAAGGAGAGAUCAAGCUUCCUACUCUCAGUGACAUCUUUUAGAUUUAUCAUUAUUAUGUCUCUCUCAUACUCAUAAAACUUGUGUGUCGCUGUAACAUGAAGAAUAUAUCGAACCAUACUAGGUUGUUUUUCUUUUAAUAUGAUACAUCUUUUGCUUUAUUA